AGCGAUGUCGAGUAACAUGCUAGUUUAGUCGUCACUCAGCCGCUUGUGCUUUGUUACUGAAUCUGGUAGUAUUAUUAUAGCAGCUGAAAUGCCGGAAGGUUACACGAAAGCCACUGCCUGGCUGCAAAUUCACAGCCUGCUGAACAGCAUCAACCACAUGCUCAUCUUCCUGGUGGCCAUCUUCUUUUUCGUCCUGGCGCGCAGUCUGGAAUUCAAGGACACCGCCAUGCAUAUGUUUAUGACUGGAGUUGGAUUCCACGUCCUUAUCGCCCAGGCCAUGAUGUCACAUUCGAAAGUGAAUCCGCUCACCCGUUGGCUGUCGCACCGAAACAAGUCGCGCUUCCACGCCAUCCUGCAGAUUGUGGGUGGUUCUAUGGUUCUGUUGGGCUCAUUGGGCAAAUUUUCCAGCAAGGAGGUUCACUUUAACACCUGGCACGGUCGAGUUGGAGGAACUGCUUCUUUUUUCUGCGCGGCCAGCAUUGUGGGCGGUUUUGUUAACUACUUCCAACCGAAGUUCGCCCUUAAAGUGAUGCCCUCAUCGGAGCUUCGUUUCCGCCAUAAUCUAUUUGGCUUAGUCACCUUCAGCCUGGGAAUGGGCGCUAUUUACCUGGGCUACUACUCAAAAUUCUUCUCCAAGUAUGUGGACACGGAUUUCAUUCCCGGCAUGAUGCUGAUAACCGCCAUCGUUUAUGGACUCACCAUCAUUGCGCCGGUGUCAUCGCUCGUAACUAAACUUAAGUAUCGGUUCAAGAGAAAGGCCGAGCAGGCCCAAUAAGUGAUACCGGGCCGUAUGAGACUAAGGCCAUCGAGGCUAACCGAAAUUUGUCAGGUUCUAGCAUGAAAAUAAAGAGCUUGGCGUUUUGCCAAAUUAAAA